CUCUAUGAGCCCUUCCUCAUCGCCCCCUCCACCCACCGGACCUCACAUCUGACGCCAGCCUCACCUGCAGCCUCGGAGGCCCUGCCUCCCCCCCCUCCCCUCGGGCACGAUGCCCAUCCUCAAGCAGCUGGUGUCCAGCUCCGUGCACUCCAAGCGCCGUUCCCGCGCGGACCUCACGGCCGAGAUGAUCAGCGCGCCGCUGGGCGACUUCCGCCACACCAUGCACGUGGGCCGGGCGGGGGACGCCUUUGGGGACACCUCCUUCCUCAACAGCAAGGCUGGGGAGCUGGAGGGCGAGUCCCUGGACGAGCAGGCGUCCACCUCGUCCUCCAAACGCGGCCUCCUGUCCCGGAAGUUCCGGGGCAGCAAGCGGUCGCAGUCGGUGACCCGGGGGGACCGGGAGCAGAGGGACAUGCUGGGCUCGCUGCGGGACUCGGCCCUGUUUGUCAAGAACGCCAUGUCCCUGCCCCAGCUGAACGAGAAGGAGGCCGCGGAGAGGGGCGCCGGCAAGCUGCCCAAGAGCCUGUCGUCCAGCCCCGUGAAGAAGGCCGACGGCGGGGAGGGUGACCCCGAGGCGGCCCGUGUGGAGGAGGGGCCCCGGCGGCGGAACGGGGCCACCUCCCCCCACUCCCUCGACCCCCUCCUGGACGAGCGGGCCUUCGGGGACCUGACGGAUCUGCCCGUCAUGCCCAAGGCCGGCUUCGGGCUGAAGCACGCCGAGUCCAUCAUGUCCUUCCACAUUGACCUGGGGCCCUCCAUGCUGGGCGACGUCCUGAGCAUCAUGAACAAGGAGGAGUGGGAUCCGGAGGAAGAGGAUGGCGGUUACCACGGCGACGAGGAGCCGGGCAGUCUCCCCAAGGUUCCCCUAUCUGGGUCGGGGGCCCCUCUCCCGGCCAGGCAGGAAGGCAAGGCCAGCCAGGACUCGCCCCCGCAGCCCCAGGCUCUGCAGGACGAGGGGUGGGCGGCGGCCGCCCCCAGUCCCGGCUCCGCCCGCAGCAUGGGCAGCCACACCACGCGGGACAGCAGCUCCCUGUCCAGCUGCACCUCGAGCGUCCUGGAGGAGCGCAGCCCCGCCUUCCAGGCGCCGGAGGGGGCCCGGGCCGCUCUCCCCAGGCAGCCCGACAAGGAGUUCUCCUUCAUGGAUGAGGAGGAGGAGGAUGAGAUCCGAGUGUGAGGCCGGCCGAGGUGGCUCCCCGCUCUUGGCCCCGUCUCCCUGCGUCCAGCCCACCCCCGUCCCGUUCAGGGGCAGCCAAGAGCCUGGCUUCUGCCACGGACCCUGGGCCUCACGGAUGAGGGGCGCUGGCCGAGCCUGGGGCCCGUGGAGGACUUGGGGAGCUGGCCCUGGUGCCUGAUGUUGCCCCACAGCCCGGCCUCCCUGAGCUCUGUAGGAUGGGACGAGGCUGUGUUCUUACAGCAGGAAUCCGUUUCCUUUCUCCACGUUGGCCUCAGAUGGCUGCCAGAUGUCCACCUGAGUUCCUGCCUGCAGCGGGGCAGGUCGGCUCAGCGGCGACCUUUGGCCAGGGCUAAGGACACGGCUCUCCUGCCCCCCCCCCCAGCUCUGCUGUGGCCCCACAGUGACUUCCCCGGUAAAUGUGUGUCACGGGAGGCAUGGGGUGGGCACGCGUCCUGGCCCCUCCCUCCCCCGCCUGCCCCAGCACAGGAAGCCUGGAGCCCUUGGAGUAAAGCCGGACUGACAGCCCUGAACACUAACAGCGGGCCCUUCCCGGGGAGGAGGACAGGGUGGGGAGCCGAAGCCCUGGGCUUCUUGAAUUUUGGGGACGGGGCCUUGCCCGAGGACACUAGAACAGAUUGUCACGGCCGCGCAGCUCCCUGGGUUUUUUGUUCGCUCUUCCUUGGUGUGUUGCCGUCUCCCUGGAGCAGCAUCAGGAGCAGCGACAGAUCUGCCAUCAGAGGGAACAUCCUUUCAGACACUUUACUCGGUGCUUCCGAACUUUACCUAGAAUGGUAUGGGGUGCGUGUCUGCGUGCAAGUCCCCCUCCACCCAUAGCUGUUAACAGCGGAAGGCGUCCAGUGCAUUAGAAUAUUUCUGAAAAAUGACUUUUUUUAAAGUAAUAUAUCAUUCCUGGGGGAGAUAAAUGCUUCUUUUUUUUGGACUGAGUUAUUCCCUCUUCUCCCCCCUCCCCCCUGACGACUUCUUUCUUUCCCAGGCCUCUCGCCAGCUGCUGGGGCAAGGGCCCUGGGGGUAGAGGUAGCAGGGUGGCUAGAUUUAGCAACAAAACAAAAGGAUAGUUUCUCGGUAUAAGUAUGCCCCCUUGCCAUACGGAACAUGCUUAUAUUAAAAAGUUAUUUGUUGUUCCUCUGGAUUGCAGAUGUCAGCCGAUGUCCUCUAACCCUGCUCAAGGGGAUUGCGUAGGAGCCCGGGUGUGAGUCCCAGGGUUAACUGAUGAUGGCUUUUCUGUCCUGGGAACAGGCUGACCCGCCGCCUCUGUCCCCUGGCAGCCAGUGGGGGCGGGGCUGGCUGCCACGGGAUCCAGCUGGGGCGGGUGGGCGUGGCUGCUCCAGCCUCCCAUUUUCUGCCAGAUCCUGACUCAGACACUAACUUGUUCCUGAUCCCAGUGCCCCGGUGCCCCGUGGGUGCUUGGUUUCCAGUAGUGCAGCCCCCCUCCACUCCCCCGGCUGCCCCUGAGCCCCAUCCAGAUGGUGGUCCGUCCCAGAUUCUGAACUGUAUAUUUUUUUCAUGAAAUUGUUAAAACAGCGAGGCAACAAUAAAAAAGCCCUAUAGCAUG